AUGGCUGAGGAAAAUCCUGCGGAUGGAGAUGUAAUCAAGGAGGAGGGCAAGGCAGCAUCGAAUGGCCACUCAGCAGUGGAGGACUCUCAAAACGACCCCCAAGAUACAACCAAGAGCAAGGAGGAUGGCACCAAAACAGUACCAUAUUACAAGCUUUUCUCCUUUGCUGAUUCCUUGGAUUACCUGCUAAUGUCUGUUGGUACAAUCAGUGCUAUUGGAAAUGGGGCCUCUUUCCCUCUAAUGACCAUAAUCUUUGGAGAUGUGAUUAAUUCCUUUGGACAAACUGGGAAUAAUAAAGAAGUGGUUGAUGCAGUUUCCAAGGUGGCUCAAAAGUUUAUCUACUUGGCUGUGGGAGCAGCUGCAGCUGCAUUUCUACAGAUGUCUUGCUGGAUGGUCACUGGAGAGAGACAGGCUGCUCGAAUAAGAAGUUUAUACUUGAAAACAAUAUUGAGGCAAGAUGUUGGCUUUUUUGAUAAAGAAAUUAACACUGGGGAAAUUGUUGGGAGGAUGUCAGGUGAUACUGUGCUCAUUCAAGAGGCCAUGGGCGAGAAAGUAGGAACUUUUAUUCAGUUAAUUGCAACAUUCGUAGGAGGCUUUGUUAUAGCAUUUAUUAAGGGAUGGCUUCUCACCCUUGUCAUGCUAUCAUCUAUCCCCCUUCUCGUCUUCUCUGGUGCCGUCAUGGGCAUCAUUAUAUCAAAGUUGGCAUCCAGUGGACAAACUGCUUAUUCAGUGGCAGCAACUGUGGUAGAUCAAACAAUUGGUUCAAUCAGAACAGUUGCAUCGUUUACAGGAGAAAAGCAAGCUAUAGCUGAUUACAACAACUCCUUAAUUAAAGCUUACAACUCCGGUGUGCAAGAGGGUUUGGCAUCUGGUUUCGGAAUGGGUUCGGUUAUGCUGAUUGUAAUGUGUAGUUAUGCUCUGGCGGUAUGGUUUGGAGGAAAGAUGAUACUUGAAAGAGGAUAUACAGGAGGGGAAGUCAUUAAUAUAGUUUUCGCUGUGUUGACUGGCUCCAUGUCUCUUGGGCAGGCAUCUCCAUGCUUAAGCGCAUUUGCUGCUGGACAAGCUGCAGCUUAUAAGAUGUUUGAGACAAUUGACAGAAAGCCAGAGAUUGAUGCUUAUGACACUAAUGGGAAACAAUUACUUGAUAUCCGUGGAGACAUAGAACUGAGUGAUGUUUAUUUUAGUUAUCCUGCAAGACCGGAUGAACAAAUAUUCGAUGGAUUUUCUCUCUCAAUACCUAGUGGUGCAACUGCUGCUUUGGUUGGAGAGAGUGGAAGUGGUAAAUCAACAGUUAUCAGUUUGAUUGAGAGAUUUUAUGACCCCCAAGCUGGCGAAGUUCUUAUUGAUGGCAUUAAUCUCAAGGAGUUCCAGCUGAAAUGGAUCAGACAGAAAAUAGGCAUUGUCAGCCAGGAACCCGUUUUAUUUACUUGUAGCAUUAAAGAUAAUAUUGCCUAUGGGAAGGAUGGUGCAACCACUGAAGAAAUAAGGGCUGCUGCUGAGCUUGCCAAUGCUGCUAAAUUCAUAGACAAACUGCCUCAGGGACUAGACACAAUGGUUGGUGAGCAUGGAACUCAGCUAUCUGGGGGCCAAAAGCAGAGAGUUGCUAUAGCUAGGGCAAUUCUCAAGGACCCAAGGAUUCUACUUUUAGAUGAAGCCACGAGUGCUCUUGAUGCAGAAUCUGAGAGAAUUGUGCAGGAGGCACUGGACAGAAUUAUGAUCAACCGGACUACUGUCAUUGUAGCCCACCGCUUGAGCACAGUAAGGAAUGCUGACACCAUAGUUGUUAUACAUCGAGGAACAAUUGUUGAAAAAGGUCCACAUUCCGAACUAAUUAAGGACCCUGACGGAGCAUAUAGCCAGCUUAUAAUGUUGCAAGAAAUGAGCCGUGUGUCAGAACAAACUGCUGUAAAUCAUCACAAAAGGCUUAGCAGCGUGGAUUCUCGAGGAAGUAGUAGCCGUCAUUCCUUCUCAAUCUCAUACGAUCUGCCCACUGCAGUAGGUUCUCUUGAAACUGCAUUUGAUAUUCCUGCUUCAGCAUCAUCAAAAAUGCCUCCAGAAGUCUCACUUCGCCGCCUGGCUUACCUGAACAAGCCAGAGAUCCCAGUAUUAUUACUUGGUACUAUAGCUGCAGCAGUCAAUGGGGCAGUCUUACCUAUUUUUGGGAUAUUGAUAUCCAGCGUAAUCAAGACCUUCUACGAGCCACCUCCUCAACUUCGUAAGGAUUCAAAGUUUUGGGCACUAAUCUUUAUUGUUCUUGGAGUGGUAACUUUCAUAGCAAUGCCAGCAAGACAAUACUUUUUUGCUGUGGCGGGGUGUAAGUUAAUAAAACGAGUUCGGUCAAUGUGCUUUGAGAAAGUGGUUUACAUGGAAGUAAGUUGGUUUGACGAUCCUGAGCACUCAAGUGGUGCUGUUGGUGCAAGGCUUUCUGCAGAUGCAGCUUGUCUGCGUGGGCUGGUUGGAGAUGCUCUAGGUUUGCUGGUUGAGAAUUCAGCAACUGCAAUUGCUGGUUUGUGUAUUGCUUUUGUGGCAAAUUGGCAACUUGCUCUUAUAAUCCUUUUUAUGCUGCCUCUAUUAGGAGUAAAUGGUUAUUUUCAUUUCAAGUUCGUGAAAGGAUUCAGUGCAGAUGCAAAGAAAAUGUACGAGGAUGCAAGUCAAGUAGCCAAUGAUGCAGUGGGGAGUAUUCGAACAAUUGCUUCCUUUUGUGCUGAAGAGAAGGUGAUUGAGUUGUACCAGAAGAAAUGUGAAGGCCCUAUUCAGACUGGGAUAAGACAAGGGUUAAUCAGUGGGAUAGGUUUUGGGCUAUCAUUCUUUUUCCUUUUCUCUGUGUAUGCCAGCAGUUUUUAUGCUGGAGCCCGACUUGUCGCAGCAGGCAAGACAACAUUUUCUGAUGUUUUCCGGGUUUUCUGUGCUCUCACGAUGACAGCUAUUGGAGUUGCUCAGUCAGGUUCCCUAGCCCCUAAUCAAAGUAAAGGAAAGAGCUCUGCUACUUCCAUAUUUGCAAUUCUUGACCGGAAGUCGAAAAUAGAUUCCAGUGAUGAUUCUGGAACAACUAUAGAGAAUGUAAAGGGAAAAAUUGAACUUCGCCAUGUCAGUUUCAAAUAUCCAACUAGACCUGACGUGCCAAUCUUCCAGGAUCUUUGCUUGACCAUUCAUCACGGCAAGACAGUUGCUUUGGUUGGAGAAAGUGGAAGUGGGAAAUCGACAGUUGUCUCAUUGUUGCAGAGAUUUUAUGACCCUGAUUCUGGUCAAAUUACAUUAGAUGGAGUUGAAAUCCAAAAACUACAGCUCAAGUGGUUGAGACAGCGAAUGGGACUGGUGAGCCAGGAGCCUGUAUUGUUUAAUGGCACUAUCAGAGCCAACAUUGCAUAUGGAAAGGAAGGGAUUGCAACAGAGACUGAAAUUAUAGCUGCAGCAGAAUUGGCAAAUGCUCACAAGUUCAUCAGUAGUUUACAACAGGGUUAUGAUACAAUAGUAGGAGAGCGGGGAAUUCAAUUGUCUGGUGGACAGAAGCAAAGGGUGGCAAUUGCACGAGCUAUAAUGAAGGCACCAAAGAUACUACUACUAGAUGAAGCCACAAGUGCUCUUGAUGCUGAAUCGGAACGAGUGGUUCAAGAUGCAUUGGACCAAAUCAUGGUGGAUCGAACCACAAUCGUGGUUGCCCAUCGGUUAUCCACGAUAAAGGGUGCAGAUGUAAUUGCAGUGGUGAAAAAUGGAGUAAUUGCAGAGAAAGGAAAGCAUGAAACUUUGAUCAGUAUCAAAGAUGGCAUUUAUGCAUCUUUAGUAGCAUUGCAUUCAAGUGCCUCAUCUUAGAUAUCCUUUAUAUUCAUUUUAUCCGAAGAAAAAGAAAGUAUGUAAUGUAAUUUUAUGCAAAGAGGUUGUUGAAAACAUAUUUCCUUGUAUUUGACAGAUUACACAAAGUCCCUAUUUAUGCUAGUACGGGAUAUCUACUUAAGGUAGGAAAUAAUAUAG